AUGAGCAUUUUUGACAAUGGAACGCUUCUGCUGAAUAACAUAUUGCAGAGUAAUUUUGUUGGAUUAUUUGGUCAAAUGAAAUUUGAGCCAGAUGGGUCUCUCGUUCAUCCUGCCUAUGGCGUCCUUAAUGUGGUUGGAACUGGCCUUAGGAGGAUUGGUUACUGGUCCAACUAUUCAGGUUUGUCAAUCGUAUCUCCUGAGAUAUUGUAUGCAAAACCACCUAAUAGAUCAAGUGCGAACCAGAAGCUUUAUAGUGUGAUAUGGCCUGGAGAAAUAGUAUCUAAACCCCGUGGAUGGGUCUUCCCAAAUAAUGGUAGACAGUUGAGAAUUGGUGUGCCUAUCCGAGUCAGUUACCGUGAAUUUGUCUCACCAGUGCAGGAAACUGAGACCUACAUAGAACUUGUCAACCUAAUCAGAACUGGUUACUUUGAUGGUGCCAUCGGUGACAUUGCUAUUGUCACAAAUUGGACAAGGAUUGUAGAUUUUACGCAACCAUAUGCAGCAUCGGGACUUGUUGUGGUGGCCCCGUUCACAAAAAUUAAUCCAGGUGGUGGGAACGAGUUAUGGAGGCAUGAUGGCUUACAAUUUGGCCAAGAUGUUGGGGGAAGAGAGUGGUCCCCAAUUUUGGCAGUAUCGCUUGUUUCUAUGCUCCUUUAUGUUUGGAGUAGAGAAUUUUUGAAGCCCAAAUCAACGUAUAUGGGCCUAUUGCUCUUAAGGCCUUCUAUCUUCCAUGGGCAAUGCUUGCUUUGGAUGUCAUUUAUGGCUCGCCUCUUAUACCUGACCUCUAAGGUAUCAGGACAUAUGUACUACUUCUUAACAGUGUUGCAUCCAUUAGAAGGUGGAAAGAACAUUUUGAAGACUCCAAUGUGGCACAAUCUCCCCCUGGGUUUCAUCCACAACAACACUCACCCUCUUCUCAUUCAAUUCACUCGCCCUUCACUCACUCACCUCCACGCUCCCAUUCUUCAUAUCACUCAAACCGAACCCCGCCACCCACAUCUCGCCUCACCGCCACAGCCACACCCGCACACCAUCUCAUUUACUCUCCCCUUGAAUCCCAUUGCCCACGGCCUCACCCAAGCCCCACCAUCGUGGCACCACCGCAUCACCAUUGCGAGCCCCUCGUCGCGGAGCCAUCACCACCACCCUCAUACUCAGCUCCAAGACCAAACCUCACCCACCGCGCACCCUUCAUCCAUCACCCUAACCGCGAACCGUCUUCACCCUCUCCCUAUCGCGGCUCGCCACCCAAACCCUACUCCGGCAGUCUCCAACCACCUUCAACCCGCGCCACGAUGUGUUCUUCGGUUGACCCCCCCCUCAAUCUCGCCGCUCCCUCUCAUGACCCAUCUCACUCACCUGUUCCGUGGCCAUCCCAGCCAAACUACCGACCCAACCUUGCAUCACCUAGCUUUGGCCGCCACCGCGAAACCCUCUUGUUUUGGCCCCUAUCACCUUGAUUCCUUUACCUCUCGUGGUGGUCCAAUUUGCCGGCGCGUUUGGUCUCGGAGUCGCGACCAAGCAUUCGCGGGGGGCUCCUCCUCUCACUGUCCUCGUUGCAAUCGACCCUUGGUGGUGGUGAUGAGUUGA